CUAGAUAGAAAGCAAUCUCCUACUGCAGUGCUUGUAACCCUUCAAGUACACAUCACUUGCUGCUAGUGACCCUCAGGACCUUGUGAGAGACAGCUUAAAAGGAGUUCCAGCGAGACUGAAAGCUUCUUAAUUGCAUCAAUUUUACUGAGAUUUCACAAAAGGGUCAUGGUGCAAGAAUGAUGAAUUACUGAUAGUAGAAAAAUGCAGAAAACAAAGUUAUGAACACCCAAGUGAUGGAGCUUGGCUGAAUAGUCCACAUGAAGAUGUCUAAAUGUGCCAUGUGGAUCUUUCCUGAACUCUUCUUCUUGUUGUACCUUAUUUAUUUGCAAUUAUUAUCAGGAGUAGCACUUCCGAGUUCUGCAGACUACCUGCAACGUAGCUGGCAAAGGUUGCUGGAGGAAGGCGAAAGCUGCACAGACUGUAAUCCAGAAGAAUGUCCUGUUCCCAGAGGUUGUCUAGCUGGGAUUGUGCGGGACACCUGUGACUGUUGCUUUGAAUGUGCCAAUUUGGAAGGGCAGAUAUGUGAUUUGGACAACACCAACCACUUUUAUGGGAAAUGUGGUGAUAACUUAGAAUGUCAGCUAGACAUGGGGGACCUUAGGCAUGGAGAAGUUCCUGAACCUCAAUGUGUCUGUUUGUCAAACACAGCUGUUUGUGCAUCAAAUGGAAAAACAUAUCCCCAGCUGUGCAAAUUUCAAGAAGUGGACAAUGCACACCCAGAAGUUAAUCUGACAGUUGUCCAUGAAGGGCCCUGCGAGUCAGCACCGCAAAUAUUAUCUCCUCCCUAUGACAUCUGGAACAUUACUGGAAAGGAUGCAAUAUUUGGCUGUGAGGUCUUUGCAUAUCCCAUGGCAUCUAUUGAAUGGCGGAAGGAGGGUGCAGAUAUGCUUCUUCCAGGUGAUGAUCCCCACAUUUCAGUCCAGUUUAGGGGAGGACCUCAGAAGUAUGAAGUAACAGGAUGGCUCCAGAUCCAGUCAGUGCGGGUCACAGAUGAAGGAACUUACCGGUGUUUUGCAAAGAACAAAAUAGGAGAAGUUUUGGCUGGAGCCACCCUCACUGUCCUUACACCAGAUCAACUUAACAUGACAGGAUUGUCUUUGCCAAAAUCACGCCACCAGUUACUCGAGGAAGAUGGAGACAGCGAAGAUUCUGAUUAUUACUGAAUACUCUGUAAUGUUUCUUUAUCAAAGCUAAUUUCCACAAUUCGAACAAAAAAACAGAACAUUUACAAGCAAAAAAAAAGAAGAAGCCUGGACUAGAUUUCAAUUAAUGGCACUUUAAUUUUGGACAGGUUUUGCAGUAAAUUUUUACAAGCUUUAUAAAGUGCAUUUUUUUCUGUUUUUAACAAAGGCUUUGGAUGAACAAGUUAUAUGAUAUUAAAUUUUCCAGUACCUAAAAAUCAAAGCUAUAUUUAUUUAUGACGAGAAGACCAUUAUGGCCAGAUAUUAUGUGUUAUUAAAUGUAUACCACAUAAAACA